GCCUGGACUGCCUGGCGACCACCUUGUGCCCCACCACGGCCGGUUCCUCCAGCCGUGACUCACGCCUACAGUGCCAGGCGGGGCGCGCUGGGCAGCGCAGCCCCACAGGUGGCAGCGGCUCGGGGACGGUUCCCGCCAGGCUAGGCAGUGGAGCGCCGCACAGCGCGCCUUCCCGCCUCCCAGCCGCCGCCCAAGCAGUUCCCGGCGGGCACCAGCAGGCCUGCUCGGUCGAUCUUCGAGCCGAAGAUGCGGCGGGGCUGGAAGAUGGCUCUGUCUGGGGGGCUGCGGUGCUGCCGCCGGGUACUGUCCUGGGUGCCAGUGCUCGUUAUUGUCCUCGUCGUUCUCUGGUCCUACUAUGCCUACGUCUUUGAACUCUGCCUGGUGACUGUUUUGAGCCCAGCAGAAAAAGUUAUCUACCUCAUACUCUAUCAUGCCAUUUUUGUGUUCUUUGCAUGGACCUACUGGAAGUCUAUCUUUACACUCCCACAGCAGCCAAACCAGAAGUUCCACUUGUCCUAUACAGACAAGGAGCGCUAUGAAAAUGAAGAGAGACCUGAGGUCCAGAAGCAGAUGCUUGUGGAUAUGGCCAAGAAGCUACCAGUGUACACAAGAACUGGGAGUGGAGCUGUACGGUUCUGUGACCGGUGCCAUCUAAUCAAGCCAGACCGCUGCCAUCACUGUUCUGUCUGUGCUAUGUGUGUUUUAAAAAUGGACCAUCAUUGCCCAUGGGUUAAUAACUGCAUUGGAUUUUCCAACUACAAAUUUUUCCUUCAGUUCUUAGCUUAUUCCGUUCUCUAUUGCCUGUACAUUGCGACAACAGUCUUCAGCUAUUUCAUCAAAUACUGGAGAGGGGAACUGCCCAGUGUUCGCUCUAAGUUCCAUGUCCUCUUUCUCCUCUUUGUGGCCUGCAUGUUUUUUGUGAGCCUUGUGAUUCUCUUUGGUUACCAUUGUUGGCUUGUCAGCAGAAACAAAACUACCUUAGAGGCCUUUUGCACUCCAGUAUUUACAAGUGGACCAGAGAAAAAUGGGUUUAACCUUGGCUUCAUCAAGAAUAUCCAGCAGGUGUUUGGUGAUAAUAAGAAGUUCUGGUUAAUACCUAUUGGGUCCAGCCCUGGUGAUGGACACUCCUUCCCUAUGAGGUCUAUAAAUGAGUCACAGAACCCACUGCUGGCAAAUGAAGAACCCUGGGAAGACAACGAGGAUGACAAUCGAGAUUACCCAGAAGGCUCAUCAUCGCUGGCUGUGGAGACAGAAACGUAGCAGUUUUCACAUUUUCUGCAUCUCCAACAGGAACCCCCAUAUCCCAUGAGGCAUACAAACUUCAAUGUUGAGAACCACUCUACUCCUCAAAAUAAGUCACCAAGUUGGAUAGAAAGCUUCAGUUUGGGUGUUCCAUCAAAUACGUGCUGUGCAGAUGUUUCAGGACUUCGCAAAUUGACUUUGCUGACUGAACUCAUUUUGGAAACAAUUGCUUCAAGCCAGUUUUUCUUUCUUACCCUCCCCCAAUCCAUGAAAGCCUAAGUAUAAAAUAUAUAUCUUUAUAUUCAUCUAGUUGGGUAAAAAGGAAUUCAGAAGAUUACCGUGGAGUCUAAUUCCCCCAUGAAAGACUAUUAAUCAUGUCUCUCUGCAGGGUCUUUCUGGUAUUGAGGGGAGUCAGCAUGUGUUUGCGGCUUAUGUUCAUGGGCAUAUAUAAACAUGUGUAUGUGCUACAGAAUUCUGCCAAAAAAUCAAGGUUUAAAAACUGAGGAUUGUAUUUAAUCAUGCUUUUCACCUAAAUAGCAAUUUAAAUAUUUGAUGAACUCUGAACAAACCCUAUAUCAUGUAGCUGAAAUUUAAGGAGAUUAAAUAGACUGUGCCCAAGGUCCUGUUGAGAAUUGAACAAUGUAAAACCCGUCCUGUCCCAGAAGUUUCUGAGAGCACCACAGCGAACAGGGAAGAGCAGAUCAGACUCCCAUUUUAGUAAGCAUAACAAUUAGCAUUUGAAGGCCAAGCAUGAUGGUGCAUGCCUGUCAUCCCAGCACUUGGGAAGCAGAGGAGGAGGACUCCUGCAAGGUCAAGACCAGCCUGGUUGUUCUACAUAGUGAGUUCAGACCACCUUGGGUUACAUAAGGAAACUCUGUCUUGAAAAAGACAAACAAAAAGAAUUACUUUCUUAAAAAUUUGUGAUGCCAAGCUAUGGUUAAAAUCUCUAUUUUAGUCAUUUCUCUGCUAUAUAGCUUUAUUUUAGCCUUUGUAAAUUACUUUUAUAAUGGUAGAAAUACUAUAAGCCUGAGUUAUGGACCAUCCAUUUUAUAAAAAGGAUUUAAGGGUGAUUUUCAGGUAUAAUUAUAAUUCUGUUGAAGAAGGUAAAGUUUCAGAUAUGACACUAGCCUAAGGAUUAGCUCAAGGUCUAUGUUUUCACAACAGGAGUUAAUGUACAGAGUUAACUGAACAGUGAUGCUGCAGUCCUCUUUUUUCAAGCUUCGGUGGCAGCUCAGCCAUUAAGAGAGUUUACAUCCAUUUCCCCACUUAUUUAUAACCAGCCUUCCUUUCAGUCCUAGUGCCUGGAUCAAUGAGAUGGACACUAAUGCUGCUUCUUUAUAAUAAUAGUACCUAAGAGUAUUGAUGUUUUUCAUUUUUCAGCCAGCACUCUAAUGCACAGCUGCUGACAAUAAAAGCCCCAACUCUUAACGGAGAUCAGUGGGAGUUACAGGCAUCUCACAGUUAUCAAGGAAUUGAACUCCUUAAGAGAUAGUUGGGUUUACUAAAUUAUUCUCUCUAAAAUGUCUCUGAGUGAAAAAGAGUUGCCUGGCACAAACAAAUCUGUGUUGGGGUGCCAGCAUAACUGAGAAGGAAAACAAUCCAGUUAUUUAGAGCAACAACCAAAUGGGUCCAUUUGGACCCCCUAGGUCAUUUUAACCAAGGUGAGACAUUUAGCAUCAAAUAAAUAGAUUGUCCUCUGCAUUUCAUUUGAGAGAAUACAAGACACAAAUAAGUCUAUUAGGGCGAGGGCCUAGGGACUGCUUCUAAGAUUCACAGAUUAAGGAGCAACUUAGAAGACUGUGCAUGCUGGAUUCAUUGUGAAAGUUUAUACUUUUACAUGGGAAGAGCUUUCCCUUUCCAUGCUCCUUCGGAAGCACCUCUCUUGUCUAGGUUCCCCUUAGAAGCAUACUUGGCCAUCCACAUGGCUCUAGGAUCCACCGGCCUUGCCUUCUAGUACCUUUCUCUAAAGGGGUGCAAACAGCACUUCCCAGCAAGUCAGCAUCAAAGCAACCUUCCCUGACCCCACCUGUCCGUCAUCUCUGCUAAGGGCCAGAAGCUGCUGGCUAUGGUGCGAAGUCAGGAAGGCGUCAGGAACUUGUCCUCUGUGGAGUGUGUCAGCUAGCAUUCAGCCCUCACAGAGAUCGUGUCACGAAGGACAAUGUUAGUAAACGACAGGGAAGUAGUGGGAGGCUAAAGCUCAGGUUAAUGCAAGCUGAUUGUUCAGUGUCUUAAGACUUACGCUGUCUCCAAAAGGCCAAAUAAACCAGGGGUUUCUCUGGGUGCUUGGAGAAAGAAGAAACCCUAUUCUUGUUUUAGUAUCUUGAUCCCAUUAGUUUAUAGACAUUGAUUAUACAUAGAUUCUUUGUGUACUGAUUACUGUAUAUAGGCACCUAAGUGGUUAGUUAUUGAUCAAGAAGACAGGUUUGUUUUAUAAUCAGCACACCCUGACCUCACUCAUUUGCUUCUUUUCCUUGGAACCCUGCCCAAUAGCUUCUGUGGGAUCUCCUUCCCCAAUCUUUGGUACUCCUCUUCCACAGUUGGAAAAUGGAGCUACUUGUUACUAUCCCACGGUUGAAAGGUGCUAUGUAACCCCCUAGUGCUCUUACAUGUUUUUAGUUGCAGGACUGGAAUGGAAAGUCUUACCAUUGCAGUAUUUCUGAGCAAACAAACGUGCUCCAGUCUUUUCUUCCACACUCUCAGUGCAGAAUACUUUCUUGCAGAGCCUAGAGCAUUUUGUCAAUCUUCUUCCGUUUGUUCCAACAGUGUCCUUGGAAAGAGACAGAAUGGAAAUUAUUUUCCAACAAGUAAAGAUAAAGGAAAUAAAGUGCCAUCCAAAAGCCCACUGUUCGAGAGACUUGACUGCCUAGUGCAGGAAUUACCAUGGACCACCUUAGAACACUGAGAGCAAAGAGAACAGAAUCACAUUCCAAAAGAAUCCCUCUGUCUCCAAAAUCUUGAAGUUUGUGAUCUAGAUAGCUCUUUAUUUCUAAUGCAAUAUGUGCCUCUUCCCCUCCCUGGCCCCAUAUGACUUGUGUAUUUCGCAUUAGAUGGCAUCAGCCAGUGCCAUAAUCUCCUGUGGCACCCAGACAGCCUGAUCUCAGGGUUCACUUUUCCAGAGAAAAUAUUGUGCUUCCUCAUGUUCGUGCCAAAUUGCACAGAGCGUAGGCAUUUAUGUUAAUGGAUAUUUAAGCACAGUCCUGGCAGGUAUGUUUUAAGAAUACUGUGUAUACAUUACUGCAAUAUACAACCUAAGAUUUAACCAGGCUGCAACUGACAGGAAUGUAAUAAUCACUCAUAGUCUGUCCCUUUCAACUCUUCAUCACACAUAUCUACAUGUGUGUACAUUUACAUGGACAUGAAUGCACACCCUUCUUUUAAGGCAGACUGUUAGGUCAUUAGAGCAAAUAUUUUACAGGGAUGAUUCUGCUCUCUCCUUUUUAAUAAAGUCCAAAAUCACAGGAAGUGAACAUUUCAUCUGUCUGUUCUAAAGUAUCUGCUGUCAGAGUAGCUGAGAGACUCAGUUGGACCAAAAGAUAUGCAGAGACACAGAGGACAUCUAACAAGAUUAUCAGACCCUAUUGCAAGUUCAAUGUUUCAUAAAAUUCAUGCACUCUGUCCAGGCAGGAGGAAAGAGUUGACAAUGUAUGCUACAUUUGCAUUUCUUUAACCAUACCUGUAAUAUUCCAUAUUAUAUUGUAGCCUUUGCAUGUGGGUAUUAUGUAAUAUAGUAAAAAAUGGGUGGCUCUUACUAGCAUGCAACCCUUGAUUUGUUUACUUUCCCAAAAAGGCUAAGGCUGUAUCCUGCACAGUGUUCAAGACCAUUAAAUGUGUUCUUUGGAGCAGCCUAGUUAACAUCCAUCAACAGAAUGAGUUAAAACACACAGUGAAUUCAAUCUAUCAGGAUAUAGGUUUUUGGUAGGGGAUUGUUAAAAGAAAAGAAUAAUAAAAUAAGAUGCAUUCAAAGAAUAAUUGCUUUCAGCCCACUGUCUAAAUCAGCAAAGGAACACAGCAGGAAACCUGGAAUUGGGUCUUGAUAAUGGAUGAAAUGUAUUGGAGAGCCAGAAAAGGAAAGACACUGGGGGACUGCAACAGUUAAGCUCAAGUCGCCAAUUUGCUGUAAAUCCCUUUUGCCAUCAGUCUGCUCACAGUGACUGUAUAUAGCAUUCUUAAAACCAUGUGUCUUGCUGCAGAAAUACUGAAAAAUGCUGGUCAUCUUUAUCUUCCUAUGUCCUUUAUUAAAACUAUAUACAUAAA